UAAUAUAAAAUAGAAGCUGUGUGUGAAUAAACUAUAUAUAUAGGUUAUGAAUUGAUAUUCUGCUACAGAUUCCUGCAGACGAUAAAUUAUAAACUUUGGAAAGUAAUUUCUAGAUGGCAUUUAAUAAACGCGAAUUGAUGAAAACAUAUAAUUACGUUUUGUUUGUGCAUUUCUGUUUACGUUGACUCGUUGCUAAGGAGAACUUGACAAGUAUUAUGUCAAACACAUAACUUUGACAAGUUAUUUCGAAUGUUACUUUUAGCAAUCAAGUAAGCACGAAAUGUUUUUCAUAUAACAAAGAGCUCAAAGUGUGACAUUCUGUGAAAAAUUCGAGAGUCUGACUGAUAAAACAAGAUGUUUGUAUAUCUGAGUAAAAAAAUUUCCAUACCAAACAACUAUCGAUUAAACUGUAUAGCAUGGAAUCAAAGAGAUGGAUACAUUGCUGUCGGAGGAGAAGAUGGCCUUUUGAAGGUGUUACGAGUAGAUUCUAAUGUCAAUGGAUCACACAGUGGAGGGAAAUCUCGAGGCUUGGCUGCAGCAAGUAAUUUGACUAUGAAUCAGCCUCUAGAAGGCCACAAUGGUCAUGUUCAAGUAGUCACGUGGAAUGAAGCUCAUCAGAAGCUGACCUCAAGCGAUCAAAAUGGAGUUAUAAUUGUUUGGAUGCUGUAUAAAGGGUCAUGGUACGAAGAGAUGAUAAACAAUCGUAAUAAAUCUGUGGUAAAAGGAAUGGCAUGGAGCUGUGAUGGUCAAAAGAUAUGUAUAGUCUAUGAAGACGGAGCUGUAAUUGUUGGUUCCGUUGAUGGUAAUAGAAUCUGGGGUAAGGAACUCAAGAAUGUAUCUCUCUCUGCCGUUCAAUGGUCUCCUGAUGGAAAGUUGCUUCUAUUCGGUUUGAAAAAUGGAGAACUUCAUCUCUACAAUAAUCAAGGUGUAUUCCUAACAAAACUGAAUGUACCCUCGUUAAAUACCUCUCAGUUUCAGAUCAUAGUGGCGUUACAAUGGUAUGAUGGAAGAAAUGGUUAUGUCGCCAUAGAUUGUCCAACUCUUGCUAUCUGCUAUCGCAAUGGUAUGAUACAAUUGAUGCGAGACACUAGUGAUGAUAAUCCAAUUAUGAUGGAAACUGGAGUGACUGCUUCAUGGUGCAGUUGGAACAGUAGCGGAUCUCUUUUAGCAGUAACAGGAAUGAUGCCGUUACUUAGUAAUGGAGAGACAAAGGACAUGAACGUUAUACAGUUUUACACACCGUUUGGCGAGCACGUGAGGACCCUAAAGAUACCAGGCAGAGAAGUAACAUGCUGCACAUGGGAGAAAGCUUCUCUUAGAGUUGCCUUAUCUGUCGACUCGCACAUAUACUUUGCGAAUAUUCGUCUGGAUUAUAAAUGGACUUACUUCAGCAACACGGUUGUCUUCACGAACGAGAAGAUCAGCAAGGAUGGCAUCUGCGUGACCUUUUGGAAUACGAGUAAUAACACGUGUUGCACCAAAUACGUGAGAUCUCUGAUAUCGAUAGCUUCGCACGGAGAACAUUGCGUGCUCUCUGUGAGAAACGAUCCUGCUCAAGCUACCGAACAAUUCGCUCUGCUCGUUUGUAACACCAUCGCCACUCCAAUAGACUCUAAAUUCAUGGAUCUGGAGCCGCUAUACCUCACUAUGACUCCCAGCAUGGUCAUGGCCGCGUCCAAGAAUAAUUUCCUAAUAUGGCACUUUCGUACACCACGUAAUUCAACACUACACCCCAGCAGGAUGCGCAAAUAUAGGAUCUAUCACGUGGACGAAACGCCGACCGGCGUGACAGAAGUUAUUCAGGAUUUGGACAAGGACGGUACAUUCGAGACUCCCAUCAGUACGAAGGCUAGCGUGGACCCAAUCUGUUGUAUCUACGCCACUGAAAAGAUUCUUCUGGUUGGCAGAGAAUCGGGGAUGAUCCAACGAUACUCUCUGCCGCAAGUAACACUCAUGAACAGAUACAAUACAACGCGAAGAUUGCACAGAAUUGCAAUUAAUUGCGAUUCCACGCGUGUCUCAAUCAUGGAUGCCAAUGGUAUUCUCUCUAUGUUGGAUCUGGACCCGCAAAAAACGCCUAAUUCGCGAGACGGAGACGCGAGCGAGGAUAUAGUUAAGUUCGAGAGGAAGGACGUAUGGGCCAUGUGUUGGGCUCAGGACAAUCCAGCGCUCUUGGCGAUUAUGGAGAAGACCAGGAUGUAUGUUUUAAGAGGGCUGGAUCCCGAAGAACCUAUAGCCUGUUCCGGAUACAUUUGUGCGUUUCAAGAUUUGGAAAUACGUUGCGUUUUACUGGACGAUCUGAUGCUGAAACCAGACGAGACGCGAAAAGAAUUGAUCGUUGACUUGGAAGUGAAAUCCUUAAGAGACACGAGAGAAUUGCUGGCUAAAGUGGGUCUGAAGGAGGCGAACAAUUUUAUCCAAGACAACCCGCAUCCGCGUCUGUGGCGUUUACUGGCCGAGUCCGCGUUGACGAAGCUCGAUUUGGAAACGGCAGAAAACGCCAUGGUACGAUGCACGGAUUAUCUCGGCAUACAGUUUAUCAAGCGUUUGCAGAACGUGCAUAACGAUCAGCUGAAGAAGGCCGAAGUAGCGGCGUUUCUCGGCAAUUACGACGAGGCCGAGAAGCUGUAUUUGGACAUAGACAGAAGAGACCUGGCAAUUGCAUUGCGCCAAAAAUUAGGUGACUACUUUCGGGUGGUGCAACUGAUGAAGAUGGGCAUCGGCGGUUCGGACAAGCAGAUGGAGCACGCGUACAACAAGAUUGCCGAUCACUUUGCCGAAAGACAGAAUUGGGAGAGCGCGAAGGAAUAUUACGAGAAGAGCAGAAAUCUGGAGAAGCUUAUUCAGUGCUAUUAUAAACUGGAGGAUUUUCAUCAACUGGCAGCGACAGUGGAGCAAUUACCGGAUAAGAGUCCGAUCCUGAAGACCGUGGCGAGAAUGCUGGCUUCCGUAGGGAUGAGUUCGCAAGCGGUGGCAGCCUACAUGAAGUAUGGCGAUGUGAAACUUGCGGUGGAUACGUGCGUACGUUUAAAUCACUGGGACCAAGCUGUCGACCUGGCGAAAACUUAUAAGAUGGCGCAGAUCGGUGAGUUGUUAAACAAAUAUGCCAAUCAUUUAUUAUCGAAUGGUAAACGUCUGCAGGCAAUCGAGCUGUACAAGAAAGCCAACUACAAUUUGGAGGCGGCUAAGUUAUUGUUUCGUCUUGCCGAAGAGCAAGCCAGGUCUAAGUCACAUCCUCUACGCGUAAAGAAGAUAUACGUUCUCGCAGCGCUGCUGAUCGAGGAUCACAUCAACAGCGUGCCGGCGAUAAAAGGCGGUCGCAGCAACAUCGUCAUGGGUCUCACUGAAAGCAACGAGGAUACCAAGAUCAUAGAAAACGCCUGGCGAGGUGCCGAGGCAUAUCACUUCCUUUUGCUCGCCCACAGACAGUUGUACGACGGCAGUUUCGACGCCGCGAUGAAAACGGCUCUUCGACUGAGAGAUUACGAGGACAUUCUAGAGGUAGAAGACAUUUACUGUUUGUUGGCGCUAUCGAGUGCCGUCAAUCACGCAUUUGCCACCUGUUCGAAGGCCUUUAUAAAAUUAGAGGGCCUUGAGACGAUUUCGGAAGCGAAGAAAGAAGAGUACGAAGAAUUGGCAGUGAACAUCUUCACGAAACACAUCCCAAAGGACUCCCGCAACAACAAAGCAGAAUGCGUCAACUGCGAAACCCUGGUACCCGAUUGGUGCAUCGUAUGUCCUAAUUGCUCGACUAGAUUCCCGGCUUGCAUUAUUUCGGGCAAACCAUUGAUGGAUCUCAGCAUCGCGUGGAUCUGCACCGUUUGCAGACAUCAUGUUGCAGCGGAACGCGACGUAGUUAAUAUAAAUGCUUGCCCCUUAUGUCACAGCACUAUCACAUAUAUGUAAGGGAUGCAAAACAAUUUUGAGCAAUAAUCGAAUUUUUAUUUAUCAAAAAAGAUUUUUCAAAGUGCAAAACUGAUGUAUUUUAAUAAUUGUGCAAUAAGAAAAUUUAAAAAUUUAGUUUUAUC